GCUUCGCGCCAAGCAGGUCGACCGAAGGCACAGAGUAGCUCACGCGGACAGUCUCUGGGAGUGCUGAGUCGAUCCUGUCCGGAGCGGCAGAGCGGAGCGGCGGGUCUUCUUCAUAUGAACCGGAGCAGCAGCGGAGCCAGGGAGGACCGAGCAGCCGAGCGGGUUAGACUCUGAGCAGGACCGAGAACCGCGCAGCUCCGACCGCACUCAGUCACAAGCCAAGAGCCACGAUGGACCCCAGAGACACGGCCCCUGAUUCCUGGGAACAGGAGGACGAGGCCGCGGCGGACGGGCGGCUGGAGGCGGCCUUCACCGCCCUCAACGUCAACGCCAAGCCGUUUGUUCCCAACGUGAACGCGGCAGAGUUUGUUCCGCCUGCUGCGGUGGGAGCGGAGACGCUGGAACCCGCUGCUCCCGUGGAGAACGGCGACGCAGAGAUGACGGCAGAGGAGCCGUGGGACCAGAAAGACGAAGAGCCGACGCAGGAGGAGCCGGGAGGCGGCGACCGAGGACCGGAGGAAGCGGCCACGCCGGAGGACACGCCUCCUGAAAUGAUGAUGGAGGAGGAGGAGGAGGUGUUGGUGCCAAAGGUACCAGCUGUACAGCCAGACGCUCCUAAGAAGGAGCACAUCAACGUGGUUUUCAUCGGACACGUAGACGCUGGGAAGUCGACCAUCGGAGGACAGAUUAUGUAUCUAACGGGCAUGGUGGACAAGAGGACCUUAGAGAAGUACGAGAGGGAAGCUAAGGAGAAGAACAGAGAAACCUGGUACCUGUCCUGGGCUUUGGACACCAAUCAGGAGGAGCGGGACAAGGGGAAGACGGUGGAGGUGGGCCGGGCGUACUUCGAGACGGACAAAAAGCACUUUACUAUCUUAGACGCUCCGGGCCACAAGAGCUUCGUGCCCAACAUGAUCGGCGGCGCUUCCCAAGCUGACCUGGCGGUUCUGGUGAUCUCUGCCAGGAAAGGGGAGUUUGAGACGGGCUUUGAGAAGGGCGGCCAGACGCGGGAGCACGCCAUGCUGGCCAAGACGGCUGGCGUCAAGCACCUGAUCGUCCUGGUCAACAAGAUGGACGACCCCACAGUCGGCUGGAGCCUGGAGAGGUAUGAGGAGUGUAAAGAGAAGCUGGUGCCGUUCCUGAAGAAGGUGGGCUUCAACCCAAAGAAGGACAUUCACUUCAUGCCUUGUUCUGGCCUCACUGGAGCCAACCUCAAGGAGCCCACCGACCUUUGCCCCUGGUACACAUGUCUGCCCUUCAUUCCACACCUGGACAGUUUGCCAAACUUCAACAGAUCCAGCGACGGUCCCGUCCGAUUGCCCAUCGUAGACAAAUACAAGGACAUGGGGACCGUGGUCCUCGGGAAGCUGGAGUCGGGUUCCAUCAGUAAAGCUCAGCAGCUCGUCAUGAUGCCCAACAGGCACGUGGUGGAGGUUCUGAGUCUCCUCUCGGAUGACGUGGAGACGGAGGACGCAGGUCCAGGUGAGAACCUGAAGCUGCGGCUGAAGGGGAUCGAGGAAGAGGAGAUUCUGCCGGGCUUCAUCCUCUGUACCUCUGACAGUCUGUGUCAUUCGGGUCGGACCUUCGACGCUCAGAUCGUCAUCAUUGAACAUAAAUCCAUCAUCUGUCCGGGUUACAACGCCGUGCUUCACAUCCACACGUGCAUCGAAGAGGUCCAGAUCACGGCUUUGAUCUGCCUGGUGGACAAGAAGACCGGAGACAAGAGCAAGACGCGUCCGCGGUUCGUUAAGCAGGACCAGGUGUGCAUCGCCCGUCUGCGCACGGCGGGAACUAUCUGCCUCGAGACCUUUAAGGACUUUCCUCAGAUGGGCCGCUUCACCCUACGGGACGAAGGUAAGACCAUCGCCAUCGGGAAGGUCCUGAAGCUGGUCGCUGAGCGGGACUGAGGAGGACGGCGCCGCCUGGAGUCUCUGUGAGAAGGACGUGGCCUCUGUCCUCGGCAGCGGCGGCGGCUCCCCGUCGCGCCUCGCCGUGCGUCUUGAAGUUGAGCUCUGGGAAACAGAGGCGUGUUUUUAAACUGAAUGCUAGCGGCAGGAGUCGGCUUUCUCAUAUUGAGAUCUCCGUUCUGCCGUUCUGGGUCCAGCUCUCCCAUUCCUCCAUUAAACCAGCUCUUUUCUUCCACUUUCCAUUUCUCUGGCCGCCGCUCGCAGGUGGCCGAACUUCCGCCAUGAACACAAGGACCAGGAUGCUGGAUGAGAUUCCGAGGACUGGAAGUUUUCUCGGUUCUGUUUCCUUUUGCUUUUACCCAGUUUUGUUUCUGACGCUCUGGCUGUUAGCUGCAGCGUUGAUCAAAUGUUAAAGCUGUUCCAAUAAAACAUUGAUUGGGAAAA